AGUUGAAAUCUGCUCCACAUUAACCUCGCAGCUGAGCUGUAAGGGGGCGUGGCGGCAAAUCUAACUCUGGUUUCUCAGUGGCUCAAAGCAUAUUGAGAAAUUAAGAGUGGGGGGUUUUUGUGUGUGAAAUUAAUUUGUUUUGGGGGAGCAGAAUACUUCCUGUGUUUCUUAUAGUUUUUUUUUUUUAACCGUGUUUACGUAUGAGCUGUACCAGGUAAGAAGAGUGCGCCAUGACUGGAGGGGAAAUGGAGUUUUGCACAUCUUGAACCCGAGACCGAUGCCAUCUCCCAUCAUGCCUGUGGAUGUGGCCAUGAGAAUCUGUCUGGCACACUCUCCGCCCCUUCAUAGCUUCCUUGGUUCCUAUGAGCACUGCAAGUCCAGAAACUUGGUCAAGCCUUUCAAGCCACUGAGAUCAUGCAUCAGCUCAAAGCCUAAGGUUGAGGCCACCAACCGAGGAUGGAAAAGUCCUAAAGGCAAAGCCAAAAAGAAAGUGGUUUUUGCUGACUCCAAAGGCAUGUCGCUAACUGUGAUCCAUGUGUUCAAGGAGUUUGAGGAAGAUUCUCUCUUGCCAUUAGACUUGCAGUUUGAGAUGUCUGACUUGGAAGAUGCCAUUGUGGGCCUGAAGGUGGAGAAAGAGAAGGAGAAGAGUUUUGUUUUGGACUUCCCCCAGCCUGCUGCAGAUUACCUGGACUUUCGGAACCGCCUCAGGAAGAACCUGGUGUGUUUAGAGAACUGUGUAAUCCAGGACAAAUCCCUCAUGGGAACGAUAAAAGUUAGCAAUGUAAGCUUUGAGAAGUCUGUUCAUGUCCGGAUAACAUUUGAUUCAUGGAAAAGCCAUAGGGACGUUCCUUGUGUGUAUAUGAACAAUGUUUAUGGCUGUGCGGACAUUGACACCUUUUCCUUUUCUGUUGAUCUGCCAAGUUCGGUGCCGAAUGAGGAACAGGUGGAGUUCUGUGUCUCCUAUAACACUCGUGACAAGACACACUGGGAUAAUAAUGAUGGGAAGAACUACAGGUUGGCACAUAUCGAUGAUGACAAAAAUGAAACCAAACCGGUCACUCAGAAAACUGCGUAUGAAACCAGAAACGCCAGCAAAAGGCCUGAGAUGGAGUUUGAUCAGUUCGGGAGCCCAAGGACCUCUAGUGGUUUCUUUCCAGAGUGGCAAAGUUGGGGGCGACUUGAGAACAACUCUCCCUACUGGUGAGGGUACAUGAUGCCCCUCAAAAUGACCACAGAAGUGUGUGUGUGUGUGUGUGUGUGUGUGUGUGUGUGUGUAGAAUCACUUGGAGGAGGCAGUGCUAGAAAUGCAGAAUUGAAUGAUGUGGAGUGAAUUUGUACUAGUAAACAAAUUUAGGGAAAAAAAUUUAAGACAUUUAAAACUGUCAAAUGUAAUGCUGAACCCAUCAUAAUGAUCAUAUUGUAUGUAUUCCUCAUUCGUACAAAUUGGACAAUGUUGAUUUGUUCAGGAUUUUGGCAGGUUUGGAAGUGAAUUGAUUUUUAGUCAUUUUGAGUUAAAUACUAAUUAUCUUAACAUUUAUACAAUGGAAUCAAACUACUCCUAAUAUUUCUAUGCACUAAAGAAUUUGCAAGCUUAGACGUGCUCUAAACCGAUAAGGGUCAUGAAAUUGAUUUUGCCUUUUUGCGCCGGUCACAUCAUUUGAAAAAUGGUGUUAUUGGACUUUUUCACAAACCUAUAAAACAAGUUAUACAUAUUGUAUAAUGUCACUAUCGUGCAAUAGUUUAUGCUGAAUAGCUUUCUGAAGAGGUAUUCUGUUAAAUUGAUCUGUGUGCAACGUUAAGAGAGAGAAUCCAUCUUCCCCACGGCGACUCUGAAACACUGCGUUCAACCAGGAAGAAGAGUCUCCUCCUCUGUGAAACAGCAGUUGUUCUUGUGGAUGUGCUUCCAGGAGAACAGGAACAGGGGAAUUUGCACUGUACAAGAUGCCUUUAAACUAAAGUGUGAGAGUGGAAUACUUUGGUACAACGUGAAGGUGCUUCAUAUUGAAGUUUGUGUAUUUUGUAGUACCAUUUGUAUUGGCCUCUUUGCAGCAGAAGCAAUAAUCUAAAACUCCUACAUUUAAGGGCACCCGUGUAAUAUACUGUUGAUCAUUUAAACAUUUAUUCAUGCACAUUUUCCUUCUUUUGUUCAGCUUGUAUAUCAUUUCAUUGCACAUACACUUUACUUUCUGCCAUGUCUCCUUUUCCAUGUGUGCGCCUGUGUUUUUGAUUGUCGGUAUUUCUCUGCAUUAUUUCACUGAUGUGUGAAAUGAAAUAAAAAGGGAUCUCGAAAGUUACUCACUGCAAGUGUUAGGAAGUGGAGUAAUCCAGAUAUAAAUGUGUGGACAAGUGAGGUAUUUAUGAGAAUUAGUUAUGUUUCUCAUGUUUACUUCCAGUCUUCCAUUGGGAGGGAAACAGUCUGGUAAAUGUGAAUAAUUUUAAUGCAAAUGGCUAAUUGUUUCUUUUAGAGAUGGAAUAUGUAUGUUGAUUUUUGUAUAAAAUUGCUGGAAACUGUGGUGUUUGUCUGUGGAGUUUUCUACUGCAAGGAAGGGUGGAUGUCUGUCUGUCUGUCUAUUUAAUUCAAUGUUCCUUUUAGGAAGAAAUGGAAUAAAUGCAAUGUUUCUAUUCUGAAAA